UCCGUUCGAAAGGAGCACAACGACCUCAUUGAUUGAAUCACGUAGCCUUUGACCCUGUCGAAGACUCGAUAUAGCCGGGGAAGGAAAACCGAGGAGACAGAGUUUCUUGGAAAAGGAUCAAAGGUCCAGGAAAGGAUGAAUUUGCAUCCAUCGAGACACCCAUCUAGCUGACAACUAAAACCAGCCAUCGCCCCGAUUUUCAGGUGACAUAUUGCUCUGACAUUCAAUCGGUCAUGUUUCUUUAAUGAAUUCCUUCACCAGUGUAUGCCUGCUGUUGUCAAGUGCUGUCAAGGGGCACUAGCAGAAAUAUAUGGCGCUCGUCAAUUAUUAACGUCCGGUACGCCACAACUGCACAGGUCCCUGGAGGCCUGUUGCUAAACGCACAAUCCGAUCCAAAACGUUGUCCACUUCUGUCGAUACUCGCGCGUUCCAGUGAUGUCCGUCGGCUUGGUGGUGGUCGCCGUAUGUAUCGGGCUGUGUGCAACGGGAAGUGUAGGGAUGGCACUGUCCAGGACGAAAGCGUACGAUGAAGUGCGUGCCGCCAUCGUGGACGCUGAAGCUGGCUAUGGGUUGGGUGGAAAGGUGUUUCUCAGCUCGGAAGAAUUGCGUGUCGAUCGGAUGCUGAGGGCGAUGAAAAAGGACGAGCUCCGGUCAUCGGACCGUGGCCUGCCGGCAGCGGGAAUGCAUUUUUUCGACGCCAAACCACUGAUCGAGAAUAGUUCCGUGUUUGGGGCGCUGCGGCUAAUGCCCAAGGGUGCCAUCCUGCAUCUGCACAACUCGGCCGCAGUAUCGUCCAGCUGGGUGAUCAAGAACCUGACGUACAGGCAGGAGGCAAAAUUGUGCACCGUAGCCGAUCGCUACUACUUCACCGUCAGACCGCUCAACAACUGUCCCGUGAGCGAAACGCGCCCUAUAGCUGACAUGAGAAGGGAACGGCAGAAGGACGUAGCUGCAUUCGAUGCAUGGCUGGAAACGUUGAUCAACAUGAAGUUGAAACCAUCCCGCGGCGGCCACGCUACGAUCGACGAGCUGUGGAGCGAUUUCGAGAGCUGCUUCGAUGCGAUGAAGGGCUUUCUUCAGUACAAACCGUUCUUCGAGGCGUACCACCGGCGACUGCUGCACGAGUUUUACACCGACAAUGUGUACUACAUCGAGCUGCGCAUGUCAUUUGCCAAGGUGUUUGAUGCGGACGGCCGAGAGUACGGUGCGGCCGAGGUGGCGUACGCGCUCUAUCACAUUGUGGAAGACUUUCGCCGACAGCAUCCGACGUUUCAGGGGGUGAAAUUGAUAUUGGCCAAGCAUAAGAACAUGAGCGAUGCCGACCUGGAGAAUGCUUUGAAGCUGUACGAGAGCUUAAGUGCAACGUUUCCAGGGUUUGUCGUUGGUUUUGAUUUGGUUGGGCAGGAAGAUUUGAAUCGGUCUUUGCGAAGCUUUGCCUCGUUGCUGCUGCAGCCGCCAAUAUCAUCCGGACCGCCGGCAUAUUUCUUCCACGCAGGAGAACUAGUUGGCUAUUUUUCCGACGCCGAUGAGAAUGUAAUCGACGCCGUGCUGCUCGACAGCAAGCGCAUCGGGCAUGGCUAUGCACUGCUCAAGCAUCCCAUCCUUUGGCACACCGUUCGGCGGAAACAAAUCGUGCUUGAAGUUUGUCCGAUCUCCAACCAAGUGCUGGGGCUGGUUCGCGAUCUACGCAACCAUCCGGCCAGUUUUUAUGUGGCGCAAAACCUGCCGAUCACUAUCACGAGCGAUGAUCCGGGGUUUUGGGAUGCCGUUGGAGUAUCGUUCGACUACUACUAUGCGUUUAUGGCGAUCGCGCCGCAAACGGGGCUUGGCUUUCUGAAGCAGCUCGUUUGGAACUCUAUCAGACAUAGCUCCUUGAGUGAUGAAGAGCGCCAAAACAUUACGGCAACGAUGGAACAGCAAUGGGCUUUAUUUGUUCGAGAAUUGGUAGGUGAAGCGAAAGCGGAAGUCUAAAUGUAUCUUUAUUAAAAUACGGUAUAAUAAACGUAUAUAAAAUAACAAA